AAGCUCCACCUGUAAUCUCGCGAUACGUUUUGUUUUCAUUGAUUUUGAACGAUGGCGUCGGAAGGAGGAGAGGCGGGCAGCGCUGCUACAACCGAACCGGAGCCCGGAGAGGGAGACGCUGCAUUUGGGGAACUUCCCACCAGCAUGGACACUGAAUCAUCAAACGGCAAAGAGGGAAUGGAAGCGGCUGGCGACGGCUCGGAGGCCGCUGACGCUCUGACCGGAUCCGGAGACGAGGAGAGCGGCAGGCAGCUGGGAGAGGUGGAGCUGCAGUGUGCCUUGUGUAUGAAGUGGUUCACCGCAGACACGUUUGGCAUCGACACUGCGUACGUAUAUCCACUGAAGUAUAAGGCUGCUCAAUUAAUCGAAAUCUGA